AUGUCGCUUUUGGCCUAUGCGCCGAACCUGAGUUCCUGGCUGACACGAUGUCGUCGUGUAGCAUUCAAUCAUAGUCAAUCCCAAGCGGCCGAAGCAGAGUACGACCGGCUACGAAAUCUCGCACGUCAGGAGGCCGCCAAACGUGCCACGUGCUUCCAGCGAUCCCAAGAAGCAUAUGCGAAUGGCGACGGCGCGGCUGCGCAUGCGCUCUCGCAAGAGGGCAAGGAACACGGCGCCAAAAUGGAGAUGUACAAUAAACAGGCGGCCGACUUCAUCUUUCGCGAAAACAACGCCGAUGGACGAGUCGCCGCGGACACGAUCGACUUGCACGGGCUGUUUGUCGAAGAGGCGGAAGAGAUCUUGGAACAGAGGAUCCGCUUUGCUCAGAGUCACGGCCAGACACAUCUCCACGUCGUGGUCGGGCGGGGCAACCAUUCCCGCGAUCACGUCCAAAAACUCAAGCCUCGAGUCGAACAGACUUGCCGGGAUCUCGGCUUGCAAUAUCACACCGAGUCCAACGACGGCAGGAUAUACAUCAAGCUGGAUGGCAGUCCCGUGGACAUGCAACAUGUGAGCGAUUGGCAGGGCUACCAGACGUAUCCAGGUCAGCAGCAGCAAGCUUGGCAACCUCAACACACUCAGCAACAACAACACCAACCACAAUAUGGUGGAGAAGUGAAGCAUGGUGGGGGACUGCUGGCCCGGCUCAUCAACAAACUCUUGCGCAUGUUGUGUGGUUGA